CUCUCUCUCUCUCUCGCUUUUUUCGUUCAGUGUUUUGAGUACAGACUGGUGAAUGCAGACCGGCGGAAGGGUCGAUUUUCUGGGCGUCCAGUCCACGUCUGGAUGUCUUGGAUAUGUCUCAAAGAUUUCAGCACUGCCAUGGCUCCACGAUGCUCCACGCCUUUGAGACAUGUCCGUUUUCCGUUGGAUCUAACGAGUGUGAUGGCAAAUGAUGGCAAGAAAGCUCAAAGCUUGAAACCAUUUGCCAUUCCUUUUCCAGCACAGAUUUUCAAGCUGCAUGGAGACAGCCAAGCCGAUUUGCCUAGCAUUCGCAUGAAUUGGAUGUGGCAGAAAAACAUCAGCAGUGCCAGCAGAAAAUGGUUUGCUGCGCGUAUCGGCACAGCAAGCUCUGUUGUUGUCUUCACUUUGGGUGGCCCUGGUGUGCAGGGAAAGAAGAUGAAAGAAGCCUUGGAAAGGAUGAAAAGGUCAGCGGAGGAUGCGCGAUGGGAUUCAAACUAUUGGUUUGGUGGGCUACACGAAUGUUGGCAAGAGCGCAGUCUGGCGGACCUGGGAGACUGGGGAGACUGGGGAGGCUUCGUGGACCGGCAGCUUUCUACCGCCGGUGUUUUCAGUGAUGGGGUCUUUGUGACCUUAGACAUCGCGGCCCGACGCUUCACCUUGCCAUCUGGAAGCCAAUGCUACAUCUUGGACUCCGUGGGUUUCAUCAAGGACUUGCCCCUGGAGCUGUGUGAAGUCUUUCAGGCUACGAUUCAGGAACUUCAUGAAGCGGAUGUGAUUCUGCACGUGCGUGACAUGGCGCAUCCUGCGCGAGAGGAGCAACGAACCACGGUGCAGAGGGUCCUGAUGGAAAAUGACAUGGACCCGGAGCGGGUCAUGGAGGUCUGGAACAAAACAGACCUGUUGACAGAGAAGGAGGUCCGGCAGCUCUUCUACCAACACCAGUUGCAGGUGUCCACGCCUGUACAAGCGGUUAGCGCGCUAACAGGUGAGGGCUUUGAAGAGCUGUUGGAGAAGCUUGAUCAGAAACUGCAGGAUCUGGCGGUCCGAGUGGUGUGUGCUCUCUCAGUUGCCAUGAUCAACCCAGGCCUGGCUACAGGAGCCGGUCAGCCUUGGAGGUGCCAGUUAAAGGUCCAGAAGUGGUGCGAAUUCCACAAGAUCUACCGCAGGAGCAGGCUGCCGAGCUCUGGGCCUUCCUGGCCGAGACUGGGGCCGUGUUGGACCAGUCUAUGGACACCUGCCAGGACACUGGGGAUAUACUUCUGGAAGUGA